GCGCAUAGUACGAGCCUGUGUUUAGGCGCUAGUCCAGCGCAGCCUCUCUCUCCGCCUCAGUGUGCACGGCGACAUGGUGCGAGCGGCGAGUGGGGCGAGGUCCGUCCUCAGACAGCUGACGGCGAUGGCGGUGCUGACUGCGUGCCUCGGCGCACUGAACAAGAAGUACCUGGAGCCGUGCUCGCGGACCGAGGACUGCGUGGACGCCUUCCUGUGCCUGAACUCUGUCUGUGACUGCGUCACCAAUCAGACCGUCUCCUCCGACCACCUGCUGUGCCUCAAAGGGGUGACGUACGGCGAGCCGUGCCGCGAGACGGGGCAGUGUCUGCUGCACUUGGUCGACACGGUGUGCGGCUCCAAAGACAAGUGCGAGUGCUCGGCCGGCUACGACUUCAACCCCGCCGACAACAGCUGCUCCACCAUCGUGGACGCUGCGGUGGCGCACGGCGGCAAGUGUCGCCUGAGCCGGCAGUGCAAGUCGGGCAUGGUGUGCGAGGGCCAGAUCUGCGAGUGUCGCAGCGGCCUGUACUGGGAGCGCUCCCUCCGCGCCUGUGUUCCCAACGUGGGUGCAGGUCCGCUCCACGCAGUGCGAGUUGGCGAAGCCACCCAGGUCCGUGCAGUCCGUGUCGCGGCUGCACUCCGCCCCUUCCACUGCGACAACAACAACAACUACUGUCCGCUCACGACCACGGCGGGGGGCUCAGAUCCACGCCCGUCCGUUCAGAGGCCGCGUUCGUGUUGUUCGGGGUUUCUUCUUCUUCUUGUUUUUUUUUGUCUUUCCCUGUUUAACUCAUCACGUCGAGGAUUUGAAUUUUAAAUUCCACUUAUAGCACAUGUCCUGCCUAUUUGGUUUCAAGAUUUAUGUUGGUUGGUUUAAACAUUGGCAAUUCUGAAGGAACAACACGUUUCUGAAUAAAAUUUAAAAUUUUAGUAUUUUACCACGGGUUUACCAUUGACAUAUCACAAAACUGUAAUAUCGUGAGAAUGGUUAGUUAGGUUAGUCUAGCGACAGUAUGAUACUUUAAAAAAAAUGGAGGUUUGGUCAAAUUAGCGAAAUCAAAAAUACUGCAACAUGAUUGGUUAGGAAACACCGAUUAAAAACUUAAUAAAACUAAUUUCACUGA